AUAGUAUGUACAAGUGAGGGUGGCUGUGAACAUGGCGGUGAUUCGGUUUUUGUUAACGUGUUUCAUAUUUUUUGUGAGUACAAAUGAAGCGGCUCGGAUCCUGGCAGUGUUUCCGACUCCUUCAAUCAGUCACCAGGUAGUGUUUCGACCACUGACCUUGGAGCUAGCAAAGAGAGGACACGAUGUUACCGUCAUCACAACUGACCCAAUAUUUACGAAUGGAAAACCGCCUGCAAACUUCACGGAAAUAGACGUCCAUGAUGUAUCAUACAGUGUAUGGAAGAAAUCGUUUUUGAACAGAGAAAACACAAACGACGAUGUGAUUUCUCAAAUGAAAAUAUUCUCAGCAAUGUUUAUUGAUAUUUUUGACGGUCAGCUACGAAAUGAACACGUAAGCAAAUUACUUCGUGACAAAAACCAAAAGUUCGAUUUAUUGAUUUUAGAAGCUUGUGUGCGACCCGCUUUGAUUUUCUCUCAUAUUUAUGAUAAUGUGCCAGUGAUACAAAUGAGUUCUUUUGGAGCUGUAUAUGACAAUUUCAUAAAUGUUGGUGCCCCUAUUCAUCCUCUGCUGUAUCCAUCUGUGCCUCGCAAGCGUCUAAAUAAUCUUAGCCUGUGGGAGAAAAUAGAUGAAUUGUAUACAUACAUUAGGAUAAAUAUGAUCUAUGCCGACUACUUACCUAUUGACGAGGCCUUGCUCAAAAGACAUUUUGGUCCAGAUAUACCAUCGUUAACGGAACUUAGCAAAAGGAUUGAUAUGCUGUUUUUGAACGUUCAUCCAAUAUUUGAGGGUAUCAGACCUAUGCCUCCGAAUGUUAUAUACACAGGAGGACUGCAUCAAACACCAACAAAGGAAUUGCCAACGGAUCUCAAGUCAUAUUUAGACUCUUCUAAACAUGGCGUGAUUUACAUCAGUUUUGGGACAAACGUGGAUCCUACUCUUCUAUCUCCGGAGAGAAUUCAAAUUUUGGUGAAGACUGUCUCCAAAUUGCCUUACGAUGUGUUAUGGAAGUGGAAUGGAGAUGAGCUGCCUGGACGGACUGCAAACAUCAGAAUCUCAAAGUGGUUACCACAGUCAGAUCUGCUAAAACAUCCAAAAAUCAAGGUAUUUGUAACACAAGCAGGUUUACAAUCAACAGACGAGUCGAUAGCAGCAGGAGUACCACUCAUAGCAAUGCCCAUGAUAGGUGAUCAGCCAUUCAACGCUGAAAGAUAUGAACAGUUUAAGAUUGGAAUUCACCUCAAAUUUGAAACUGUCAGCGAAGAAAAGUUCAAGAAUGCAAUUCUUAAAGUUAUUAACGAUGACAGCUAUAGAAAGAAUAUAGCCAAACUUCGUGAAGUACUGCGUGACGAGGUGCAGACUCCACUGGAGCGCGCCGUGUGGUGGACGGAGUACGUGCUGCGGCACGGCGGCGCGAAGCACCUGCGCUCGCCCGCCGCCAACAUCUCGUGGGCGGAGUACCUGGAACUGGAACUGGUGCUCACAUUAUUCUCUGUACUUUUAGCUAUUUUUAUUGUAUCCGCCAUUGUCAUCCGAAAGUUGUACAAGAUAGUCACUAGUCACGUUAAUAUUAAGGCGAAAAAGGAAUAGUUGUGUUGUUGAAUAUGACAAAUAGGCUGAUUUGUAUCUCAUAAGUUAAGUUAGUAAGUUACUGCAGAUGGGGGACAAUAGGAUUUAGUAUUUACUAUUGAUGAAAUGGUGCAUAAAUACGGUAUAUGCCUAUCUACCUAUCUAUGUACCAUACAUUACGGUAAUAGUUCGUAGAUAGGCUGAUAUUAUUAUUAUUUUGAGGCGUGGCAGUUUGUCUUCUAAUAUUUAA